AUGUAUCUAUUUUACUUUGUGCAGAGUAUUUUUCUCAAGAAAUAUUUUUAAAAAAUGUACCAAGAAAGUCUGGAGAUUUAUCAACUGUGGAGACUUGCUAUCCAAGAAAGAGACGAAGCAAGAGAACAUCUGAAACAUUCACUUGCUGAACUCUCUCAACUAAGGGAACUCUAUAACGCUGUACUGUUGUCUGAACAGCAGCAAAUGAUCACUUAUUACCCCGAAGCCACUGAUCAAACUACAUGUCAUCAGAGCUGUAACUACAAUCACUUCCCCGGCGACUCUCCGUCGCGGUUCUUGUCUCUGUCGCCGUCGGAUCUCGUCUCUAACCUAAAUGUUGAUUCAACUCCACUUGAUCUCAGCUUCCGUUCAAAUCAGAGCCGUGUUGGUGUUGAGAGUACGAGAGAUUAUGAAACCGUUGUGCUGGAGAUGAUAGGAGGAACGCUGCCGGAAUACGGUAAGUUUUUGCAAGCUGUUAGUGAAGUUGGAUCGUUGGUUGAGUCAUUGUUCAUAGCCGGUCCUGUUCCGAAGUGGAGAAAUCCUCCGGUUUUAUUGUCUAGUCAAAGACCGGUUAUGAGUAAUCAUAUCACAGGAAACUGGAACUAUGGUGGUUUGGAGUUUGGUUCGCUGAUGCAAAACCGGUCUUUCCCUGUUUGAUGUCUGCAUGAAAUGUGACCCCAAGAAAAUGUUAUGCAUGAUUUUUUCCUGUUGGUACCAUGUAAUGUUUUAAGUUAUUUUGUAUUGUUAAAGAAAUUAUUUGAUCCAAUAAAAUAAUUCAGUUAAAAUUAGGCUGGGGCAAGUCCACAAUUCUUUAGUUAACCAUUAACAUUGAACCAUCCUUUUAUUUAUGGUUAGUCGAUUGGUACUAAAUUUUACUCCUACAACUUGCAUAACAAGUUGAUAUGGCCGAGUUGGUCUAAGGCGCCAGAUUAAGGUUCUGGUCCGAAAGGGCGUGGGUUCAAAUCCCACUGUCAACAGUUAUUUUGAUUUUUUUAAUGUUUAAGAACUCAUAUUUGGGCCUUCUACGAUCAGCCUUUUCAUGGACUCUGGAUGCAUGAUAUCAAGCUCCCGAUAAUUUCCGCUCUACCCAAGACCUGCGAUAUCAAUCAAAGCAAUUAUGAAUUUUUUUCUUCUAUCAGAUGUUUUCAAAUUCGUUUGUUUCAGUACCAUAAUGAAGUUAUGAACCUGUAACAUGUAGUAUAAUUUUGAUGGGUUCGAUAUAUCUAUAUCACAUGUAGAAUUACAAUACGGGAAACAUGCAAACUGUUAGACAAACAGAAUAACUAUACAUUCAUAGUAACUAACGCUAGCUGAAAGUUGACCAAGAAUCAUUAGUGACUUCAACUCUAUUAGAAGAAAGAGCAAGAGAUGGAGAGAGAAUGAAGACAAAGAUUAGUUUAU